UUUUUGUCCAACUACUUACUUACUAGUAAUAAAAUUACACUUCUGAAUUGUGUAUUGUGUGUAAUAUAAACAAUUAUUCUGUUCUUAAUCUGUAUACGUUUAUUCGAAUGUUGUCGCCAAUAAAAAGUUAAUGUUUUGAGUUAAAGUGCUAUACAAACAUUUCCAAUGCCAGGAAAUGAUAAUAUGAUACCUAUUCCAAAUAACACAGAUGUUGUUUGUUACUACGUAACUAAACAUUCGUGGAGGGGCAAGUAUAAAAGGAUUUUUGGUAUUGGGACCCAAGGUAUUACGACAUACAAUCCAAAUAGCUUGGAAGUCACUAAUCGUUACACCUACAGCCAAAUUAUAUCCAUACAAGUCGAUCCACAAAAUGUUGGAGGUUUUAUAUUAUCUGUGAAAGACAAAAAUAAAGUGGAUAGAUAUAAAUUUUCUACUGACAUACGUUCAAACUUAUUAACAGAUGCUUUAAAGUAUAGACAUCAAUUUGUCGAACGUGGUCAAGAUGAUACUUUUAGAUAUGAAGCUUUUAAGUACCAUUGGUCCGAUACACGUUUGCCAGUGACAAUUAACGUCACUCCCAUAUCAGUUGAUCAAUUGGAUACGGCAACAGCCCAAAUUCUUGCUAGUUAUCGUUAUAAAGAUAUAGAAGCCAUUCAAAAUGUCGAAGACAUACCUGGAGGUUUUGUCAUUAUUUCACGCCCUUAUGGAAGAAUGCACUUGUUUAUCAGUUCGUCCCGAGAAGAUAUUCUACAAAAAGUCAAAGAAAAAGCCAUGAUUUAUUUACAAAUUCCCAUAGAGUUUUUUCGACACAGUUUAAAUCACGGCGAGUUUCUAGCAAAACGAUUGGGCCGUUACAGCUCAGAUGAACACGUUACAUCAGUGUGUGAGUUUCAAGUAAAAAAAAUUGGCGUACCAAGACAUCAAGAGUGUCCACAGCGGCGUUUACUUUGCUUGAGUGAAGUAUGUUUGCUAGAAAGAGACCCUCAAACAUAUACAGUUGUCACAUUGAGACCACUGUCAUCAGUAUUUGCUCUUAUUCGUGAUCCAAUAGAUGCCCAACAAUUUUGCAUAGAAUAUACAGAUUCUUCUUGUCGUUCUUACACCGCUACGAAUCGGGACUCUCUUCUAGCUACUUUACUAGAUAGUGUGCGAUCGUCUGGAAAUCAUCAUGUACAUGUUAAGAUUUCUCCUACUUCUCGAGAUAAAAGACUUAUACCUUUUAAUUUGCCACCUGAUCAAGAAAUUGAAUCAAAUCAUUUGAAAUGUAUUAAAGAACCCCCUCCGAAAAAGUCGUUUGCAGAUGUAUUAGACAGAUUUAACGCUAAUAUUGAAUAUAGUGGCUUAAUACAUUCUGUUUCAGAAGACAAAUUAUUUACUGAAAAUAAAGAAAAACUAAUUGUUAUGGCUCUCACUUCAAUAAUUGCACAUCAAGGUGAUCAAAAUGAAAUACCCGUUCAUGAAUUAGAAGCACAAUUCCAUGCAUUACGAAGGUUAUUCGCUACCAAAGCUGGGUUUUCUACCUUUAUCAUGUUACCAGAGCUCAAAGAUAAACUCGGCCGAAAAGUGACUCGAGCGUUGAAACGAGAUAACGAAGCAAUUACGCACGCUGCUUUAGACAUGAUUUGCACACUGAUGCAACCUAUGCAUCGGGAUAGUGAUAUAAGACAAGAGCAGCUCAACAAGGCAUCCCUUUUGGCUACACCUAGUUUUCUCGAAUCGUUACUUGACAUGUGGGUUGAACACAUAAAACGUGGAACGGGAGCAUUAGUAGUCAGUGCCAUGUUGGAUAUACUUACAUUCGCUUUGUGUGUUCCGUACAGCGAAACGACUGAUGGAACACACUUUGAUACAUUAUUGGCUUUAGUUGCUAAACGAGGAAGGUUUUUAUUUCAACUUUUUCAACACCCUUCAUUGACCGUUGUAAAAGGUGCAGGAUUAGUAAUGAGAGCAAUUAUUGAAGAAGGCGAUGCCGAAAUUUCAGGAAGAAUGCAAGAACUAGCAUUGGCCGAAGCAGCAUUACCAAGUCAUUUGUUAACUGCAUUGUUCACUCGUGACGAUAACAAGCGAAUGCUAGUUCAUAGGCAGCUCUCGAGGCAUUUAGUUGGUCUUUGGGUCACAAACAACUCCAUUGCCAUGGAUCUCUUAUCCCGAAUGAUGCCAACAGGUUUAAUUGGAUUUUUGGAGUCAAAAGAAACGGUAGAGUAUACUGAAAACAACGAUCCUUUAAUUACUCGAGAUAACUUGAAACUAGCUCAAGACCAUGCAGCAAAGAACCAACGAAAUCCUCAUCUAGUAGCGUUGGAAAGGAAGUUUCGUACAUUUGAGAAAGAAGUCGAAAUAGCUCUGGGCCAUUGGGGAACGUCUUUAGGCUUAGAAAGAAAAGAUGAUAAACUACAAGCUCGACCAAUCGUAUUAAGGAGACGUAGGGAAAGAGUUAAGAGUGCUGCAAAUUGGAAAUUAUUCUACUACAAGUUCAAUCAAAAUCACACAUCACCUAGUCUCCUGUGGAAUCAUCAGACUCGUGAAGAACUGCAUGACGCAUUGAAAAAAGAGAUCCAAACGUUUAAUUCGGAUCGACAGUUAACUACAAAUAAUUUAAUUGCAUGGAAUCACGACGAAUUUGAGGUGACCUAUCCAAGUUUACAAGAUGAAGUUUGUAUCGAUGGUUACUACUUACGAUUACUCCUAGACGGGAGUAUUAAUUUUGCCAUUAAAAAUCCGUUUCGAUUUUUUUAUGAUUUAUACCAUCGAUUUUUAUUAGCUUUAAAAAUUGAAAUGAAAUGCUUAUGUUUACAAGCAAUGACUGUGAUUUAUGGCCAGUAUUAUGAAGAUAUUGGACCUUUCACAGAUACAAAAUAUAUUAUUAUCAAAUUAGAGAAGGCUAUCGAGAAAUCUGAAAGAGAUAGGUUAAUCAUAUUUCUGAGUAAACUAAUUCUAAACAAACAAAACGUGAAAGAUAUAAUUGAGUGUAAAGGCAUAAUAGUUCUUGUUGACUUGUUGACAUUGGCUCAUUUACAUACAACCAGAGCUGUUGUUCCUACUCAAACUAACGUUAUAGAAGCCGGCCAAAAUAUGUUACACGAUAAUGAGAAACAAUGGUAUUACAGUGUUGGAGGAAAUAGCGACAAAUCACAUGGUCCUUUGACUUUCAAAGAGAUGCAAGAUUUGUACAAAGAAGGUGUAUUAAAACCUAUUACUAAAUGCUGGACCCAAGGUCUAGAAGGAUGGAAACCUCUUCAUAAGCUAUGCCAAUUCAAAUGGACUUUAAUGGCUAAAGAUCAAGGUUACAUGAAUGAAAGUGAUUUAGCAUCGUUAAUUUUAUCAAUGCUCAUAAAAAUGUGUCAAUAUUAUCCAAGCAGAGACAAUGAUGGAGCAAUUAUUUGGCCGAUAGCACGUAUAAGAAGAAUUCUAACCGACCAACUCAAUUUACCACAUAUAGUACAAUUAUUGCUCACAUUUGAUCCUGUCCUUGUUGAGAAGGUUGCCGCUUUACUGUGUGAAGUAGCAUCAGACAACCCCAAUGCUGCUAAAUUGUACAUGACUGGUGUAUUUUUCUUCUUACUUAUGUAUACCGGUUCAAAUAUUUUACCAAUUGCUCGGUUUCUGCGUCUUACACACACUUGUCAGGCUUUUCGAAGUGAAGAAGUACAAAGCGGAGAGUUGAUGCAAAGAAGUGUACUUGGACCGUUACUGCCAGAAGCCAUGGUAUAUUAUUUAGAAAACCACGGUCCAGAAAAAUUUGCUCAAAUAUUCUUAGGAGAGUUUGACACGCCAGAAGCUAUUUGGAACGCUGAAAUGAGACGAAUGUUAAUUGAAAAGAUUGCCUGUCAUAUAGCCGAUUUCACACCUAAACUUCGUGGCAAUAACCGAGCAAAGUAUCAAUAUUGUGCUAUACCAGUUGUACGCUAUCCUCAAUUGCAAGCUGAAUUAUUUUGCAAUAUUUUCUAUUUACGUCAUUUAUGUGACAUACAAAGAUUUCCCGACUGGCCAAUUAAUGAUCCUAUCACAUUACUGAAAGACGUACUGGAAGCAUGGAAAAAUGAAGUAGAAAAAAAGCCUCCAACAAUGUCUGUGGAUGAUGCUUAUGAAUCGCUUGGAUUAGAACGUGGGCGUAAUCAUGACGAAGCUACUACUAGAAAAGCGUAUUAUAAAAUUGCGCAAGUCAAUCAUCCGGAUAAGAACCCCAAAGGACGUGAAAAAUUUGUGGCUGCAAACAGAGCUUAUGAUUUUCUUUGCAGUAGAAGUCUGUGGGGACAUGACGGUCCUAAUCCCAACAAUAUAUUGCUAAUACUCCAAACCCAAAGCAUCUUAUUUGAUCGCUACUCAACAGAACUGGAGCCUUAUAAAUAUGCUGGAUACAAACAAUUAGUAAAGACUAUUAGAUUAGAAGCUAGUGAUGAACAAUUGUUCUCUAAAGGCAAUAUGCUUUUAUCGGCCGCUAGUGAACUAACGUACCAUACAGUAAAAUGUUCAGCAUUGAAUGCAGAAGAACUUAAUCGAGAACAAGGAUUUGUCGACUUGCUCGGCGCUUACAGCAGGUGUGUUUCGGUACUAAACAAAUCGUCAGAGCAUACAGAAAUGUCAGUGUCUGUUUGUAUAAACUGCACUCGUUGCUUUAAAGUGGCAUCUCAGUUCGCCAUGUGUCGCGAUACCUUCUCUCAGAUGACACAAUUAGUUAAUGACAUAACGAGAAUACUUUACUUCAAGAAUUUACCAAAGUUGUGCUGUGAUGCAGUAGAAUGUAUUUAUGCAAUGGCUUCUGACUCCAUUCUCCAAAAUAGCUUUUUACAAAAAGGAGCUGUUUGGCAUUUACUCACUUAUAUGUUUUCCUAUGAUUAUACACUAGAAGAAUGUGGUGUAGAACGCACAGAAGAAGCUAAUAAUCAAGAAGUGCUGAACAGAUUAGCUAAAUUGUCAGUUCAGGCGUGUGCUAGAUUAGGCGGUUACUAUAAAGAUGAUUUGGCUACUCCAGAAAAUUAUAUCGCAAAAUCUUUAUUUGAAAAAUUGCUUACACCUUACGUAGCUGAACAACUUUUAGAGGAAAAUCCACAUGAACUGUUGAAAAUUCUUGGCAGUAACUGCGAGACACCAUACUUAGUUUGGGAUAAUAGUACAAGAGCCGAACUUGGCGAUUUCUUAGACACAAUGUGUAAUCGUAAAGAAGUGGUUAAUUUAGAAAAAGUCGGCUUAACUUUUUCUAGUCAUCGCAAUGAACUAAUAGUGGGCAAUAUAUUUAUUAGAGUUUUUAACGAACAACCUCAUUAUACUAUUAAGAAUCCUAUAGCAUUUUUAUCAGAUCUCAUAGAAAACGUAAAAGCAAAUAAUCCUACGAAUAACAUUUUAGAUGAAAAACGGAUGGUUCAUUUCGUAAUGGUGUUAAAUGCUUUGAAUAAUUUGAUUCUCAACAAUCCUAAUUUGGAAGUGAACUGUAUUGGUCACUUUGAUUUAUUGUUCAGUUUAUUACGUGUCGAUAGUUCUUUGGUACAAAAUUGUGCUUUGAACAUAAUAUUAACUGUGACUAAAAACAACGAAUGUGUCACAGAUAUCGCUAAUUCCGGAGUAGUUGUUUAUAUACUACUCUGCCUUUAUUCUGCUCCCUCGGAUCGGAUAAUAAUCUUGGAUAUCUUAAUAACGUUAGCGACUUCAUCAACGAUCGUCAAAGACAUUUUAAAUAAAGGAGGCCACUUAUUCGCCGUAGAUUUAUUAUGCAACGGCAGUAACGAUUCCGGUCUAAGAGAUAGAAGUGCAGUGUUGCUAAGUCGCCUAAUGGCAGACAAAUUGAGCGGUCCGAGAUUACGUUUAGCUUUGGCUCAAAUUUUACCAUUAGCUAUAGUUGACACUAUGAGAGAUUUACCAUCGUCUACAAUACAGUUAUUGGACAAUGACCAAGAAAAUCCCGAGCUUGUAUGGAAUGAGAAAACGAGAAAAUAUAUUUAUGGCAGCAUCAACAAAAUAUCUAAAGAGCAUUUUAGCCUAAUAAGACAAAAUCCGAAAGGAUCUGUCAAGUUGCCAGACACGAGUUUACUAUUGUCAACACCAUCAAAUGAAACAAUUGUUGCCGGUGUUUAUUUAAGACUAUUUAACAAUAAUCCUGGUUGGAAUGUUAGAAGGCCUAAGGAAUUCUUGUCCGAACUUUUGGACACUUGUAUAAGUUCGAUGACUAAAGAAAAAAAUAAUCAAUUAGAAAUUAUAACAACGUCUAUUGUUAAGCUUUUGGAAGCACAACCUCAUUUAAGCGAUCAGGUUCCAUCUUUAGGCCACAUUCCUAGACUUUGUUUUCAGUUGUCGCUGCUCUCUAAUCCCGAUGUACCCAAAUCAGUUCUUAUGAUUUUACAUCAGCUAUCGUUAAAUGAGGUAUGCGUCGGGAGUAUAUCUCAAGUUGAAUGUAUUGGUCCAAUGAAAAAAGCAAUGCAAACACAUUCCAAUCUAGUAUGCGUGUCAUCAGAAACUCUUAGUAGAAUGUUUGCGGCUAGAAAAGACUAUCUUGUUAAACAAGCAUUGGACGCGGAUUUAAUAACUUAUUUAGUUGGAUUGUUAGAUGGUAAAUUAGAUGGUGUUGAUGGUAGCGCCAGAGCGAAAGCACAAAUUGUUAAAGCUUUAAAAACCAUGUCCAUGAACAUAUCAUAUGGGAGUUUAGUACAAGCACAGUUGGAUAAACUUCCAGCGUGGUCGGCUUACAAAGAUCAAAACCAUGAUCUUUUUAUAUCUAGUGCUCCGUCAAUGCCAUACCUAAUGGGUGUUCAAAGUACUGGUGGCUACUUAACGGAGGGUCGCUCAAGUACUACAACAAGUAAUGUGCCUCCACCAUUGUUAAAGAAAGAUUUUUCUCCUUAUUGAAAAAUUAAUAACUAUUUAGAUUGAUGUAUUGAUUUUUUUAAGGAUGUCAUUUUAUAUUUAAUUUUAUCGUGAACAAUGCAAACAAUUAUUGUUAUCUUAUUUAAUACUAUUUUCUCAUAUAUUUAUAAUUCCUUUAAAAUGUUUAAUUUAUGAUAAUUGCUAUAUAAAGAAUAUUAUUAUUAUAUAUUUUAUACUUUAAUCUCGAUUUUAUAGUAAGCGUUUAUUCAUAUUUUAAAUGAGUUAACUUAAUCACCAAAGUCAUGAUUAAUCCA